UCUAUCGUCCUCGGAAAUUCCUCCGACGAUUCUCAGAAAAUGGCAAUCACAACGACACCAGACACCUAUAUAUAUACUGGGAUUCGCGACAAUCGCUUUUCUCGCAGCGUCGUGACCUCACCUCACCUCACCUAUAGGGCUGGAAAGGUCACGUAGGUCAAUCGCGAGAUUAUCCGAGAUUCAAUGUGACUAUAAACAAACCCGUCGAGGAGGCUCCGUCAAGGCCGUCAGUGCAAACGACAAGUGCUUCGAUUCUUGAUUCUCUACAACCAGUACUAGUAUGGCUUUUUCCAUUUUAUAUUGGACAAAUUUUGUAUCUGGAACUAGGAAACUAAGCCUGAGGUCAGAGUUAGCUGUUAAAUCGGACCAUAUACUGAAAUUUAUCUAUGACCCGGAGAUGCGACAUGUACAGGGCCGAGUUCAAGCCAGCAUGAGAGACAGAAGCUAUCAUGUUAACAUCACACUUGGUGACAACUAUACAACAGCUUAUAGCAUGUGUGAUUGUGUAAAUGGCAAAGACAAGUGCCAUCACAAAGCUUCACUCCUGUUAUAUGGGUACAAAAAUGUAAGCAAAACCGACAUACGGGCAACGUGGAUACAGCAUCCGAAAAGUCUUCCACCCAAGCAAAGACAGACUAUGGAAGAAUUAUUUCCAGCUCCGCCCAAACUAGCUAAUUACAGCAAUGCAUUGGAUUGUCUCCAAAGAGCCAGAUGCCCCAAGACUGGAUGUUCCAUGUAUAGAGGAUUUGCUACUGACACCCGAGUAUAUGAGUGCAGUAGAUAAAGCUGCAUGGUUGAAAUCAAAGCUUGCUGUUUCCCAGAAACAGAUAGAG